AUGCCAGUUAUGGAAGUGCCAAGUACUAUGAGAGCUGUAGUGAUUGAGGGUGACAAAGCGGUCGUCAAGACCGGUGUUCAAGUUCCUGGGUUGGCUGGGAAUACGGCGUUGAUCAAGGUCAAAGCGGUUGCCAGCAACCCCACGGACUGGAAGCACAUCUUCUGGCAGAUUGGUCCACAGGGAUCGAUUUUGGGGUGCGAUGUUGCAGGAGAGAUUGUCUCUUUGGGGCCAGAAGCUGACGGCAGAUGGGCUAUCGGAGACAAGGUUUGUGCAAUGGUUCAUGGUGCCUCUGUGAAAUACCCUGAGAAUGGAGCGUUCGCAGAGUAUGCCAAAGUCGACCUGGCCAUCUGUUUAAAGCUAAAGGACUUAGAGUAUGCUACCGCAGACAGUUCAGGCGUUGUCCCACACGGGAAGGUUUCCACCUGGGAGGCGGCUGCGUCCAUUCCUGUUUGUUUACUCACUGCCUCAAACGUGCUUAUGAACCAAUUAGGCAACAAGCUAGAAUGGGAACCGAAGAACCCUCAACACCCACAUUCUGUGUUGGUGUGGGGCGGGGCAACCGUAACCGGCCAGUUCUUUAUCCAGUUGGCCAAGCGGACAAACGCUUACGCAAACAUCGUUGUCGUUGCAUCCAAGAAGCACGAAUCCAUGCUAAAGGGCUUCGGCGCCGACGAAAUCUUCGACUACCAUGAUGAGGACGUCCUAGCCCAGAUCACCAAGAAAUACCCCGAUCUAUACCACAUCCUCGAUGCCGUCGCCACCCCUUCAACUUUCGGACAGGUCUACGCUUGUGCCCCAACAGACAAGCCGGUGACCUUGGUUGAGCUUAUCUCCUUCUCUGAGAACGACAUUCCCCCAGCCGAACGUAAGUCCAACGUCUCCAUCAACCUAACGAUGAUGUACUUGGUCAGCGGCGAGAGUAUCCCCUUUGGCACAGUGACUUUCCCAGCCGACCCAAAGGUGAGAACCAGCGUCAUCGAGUUCUUGGAGUUCAUCCAGCCAAGAAUAGAGAGCGGUGAGAUCCAUCACCCAGCGGUCAAAAUCAGCAAGGGCUUGGACACAAUCCCAUCAUUGAUGGAAGAUAUCAAAACUGGCAGAAACUCCGGCUUCAAGUUGGUCGCCUCUUUGUAG